GUCUCGUGGAUCCAGUGCUGGCCCAGGGGGUCGCCCAAUCCGCCGCCACCCACGCGAGGAGUCCCGACCUGAGGGAUACCGCUCACUCAGCACAGAACCCGCCCCGCGUCACUUUUACGUCAAGGUAGCGCGGCCAAUGAGAGCCAGAGUUCAAUGAUUCUGACUCUACGCGCGCGGACCAAUCGACGCGUCGGCGGGAGCUGCAGGAUUUGCAUGGACUCCGAAGGCCAUUGCCAAUGAGACUGUGACUGGCGUGAAUCAUAGCCAAUAAUAGGCUGCUAGGGGCGUGGCCGCGGGCGUCCCACGAGGUAAAGAUGCUGCGGGCGGAACCUGCCGGAGCAAGCGGGAUUCGGGGGUGCUGAAGUCGCAAGGGCAGGGCGGGAAGGAAGAUCCGGAACGGGGCGUGGGAUCCGGAGCUGGAGGCCCCCAGGAUUUCCCCUCUGUGAAAAGACACGCUGAUCUGGAUAAGUGAGGCCGGCCCCAUGUAUCCGGAAUCAACCACGGGGUCUCCAGCUCGACUCUCCCUGCGGCAGACAGGCUCCCCCGGGAUGAUCUACAGUACUCGGUAUGGGAGUCCCAAAAGACAGCUCCAGUUUUACAGGAAUCUGGGCAAAUCUGGCCUUCGGGUCUCCUGCCUGGGGCUUGGAACAUGGGUGACCUUCGGAGGCCAGAUCACAGAUGAGAUGGCAGAGCACCUAAUGACCUUGGCCUACGACAAUGGCAUCAACCUGUUCGAUACGGCGGAGGUCUACGCAGCUGGCAAGGCUGAAGUGGUAUUAGGGAACAUCAUUAAGAAGAAGGGGUGGAGGCGGUCCAGCCUUGUCAUCACCACCAAGAUCUUCUGGGGCGGAAAGGCAGAGACCGAGAGAGGCCUUUCCCGGAAGCACAUAAUCGAAGGACUGAAAGCUUCCCUGGAGAGGCUGCAGCUGGAGUACGUGGAUGUGGUUUUUGCCAACCGCCCAGACCCCAACACACCCAUGGAAGAGACCGUGCGGGCCAUGACCCAUGUCAUCAACCAAGGGAUGGCCAUGUACUGGGGCACAUCACGCUGGAGCUCCAUGGAGAUCAUGGAGGCCUACUCGGUGGCUCGGCAGUUCAACCUGAUCCCGCCCAUCUGCGAGCAAGCAGAAUACCACAUGUUCCAGAGGGAGAAGGUAGAGGUCCAGCUGCCAGAGCUGUUCCACAAGAUAGGAGUAGGUGCCAUGACCUGGUCCCCUCUGGCCUGCGGCAUCGUCUCAGGGAAGUAUGACAGUGGGAUCCCACCCUACUCCAGAGCCUCUCUGAAGGGCUACCAGUGGUUGAAGGACAAGAUCCUGAGUGAGGAGGGUCGCCGCCAGCAGGCCAAGCUGAAGGAACUACAGGCCAUUGCAGAGCGCCUAGGCUGCACCCUCCCACAGCUGGCCAUAGCCUGGUGCCUGAGGAACGAGGGCGUCAGCUCCGUGCUCCUGGGUGCUUCCAAUGCAGAACAACUUAUGGAGAAUAUUGGAGCAAUACAGGUCCUUCCAAAAUUGUCGUCUUCCAUCGUCCACGAGAUCGACAGCAUUCUGGGCAAUAAACCCUACAGCAAAAAGGACUAUAGAUCCUAAGUCACCCCACCCCCGCCCCACCCCCAGCUUCCCCAGCUCGGACAGUUCCCGGUUCCCUCCUCGUCUCUCCUUCGCUCGCUUCUGCCGUUUCAAAGCCAAAUUGCAGAGUGUGGUUCACACCCAACGGGAAAACACCACGCCCAGACGUCACCGGGGAUUGAUCUCGAGUCACCGCCCAACGCAGCCUGCCGCUUCCUCGCUGGAUGCGACCCGACGGGUGCCAGGGGAUGGCAUCAAUUAGGGGCACAUCCAGAGGCUCCCACCCAAGCCUGCCACCCCUGCUUAUCCCUCAAGAAGAAACACUUGCCCCCAGCCGUGGCCCUCCCAUCGAGAUUUGAGAAGCCAUGGCCGGGUGGAGGUCUAGUCCUCGGAGCGGGCGGGGCUGGCCUCUCUGCCAGGAACCCCUGUCUCAGAAGAGGGGCGUGCACCCCUCUCCCAGAGCCCUGGUGGUUAGAGCAGGGCCUCCCUCUUUCCAUGGACACCAGGCACUUUGUUCAGGGCCGGCCUGGGAUCCCACUCUUCCCAGGCCUUGACCUGCCCCACACACCCACUGGGCCUUGGCUGGGACUACCUAGCUGGCCCUCAGCCCCACCCUUACCCUUGCUGGCAGGGGCAGGGAUCCCAGCUGGCUUUCCCAGCAUCUUCCAUCCUACGUGUGACAUACAACUGCCGAGCCCCGCCACAGGGAAACUCAGCAGGCUUGGAUGGAGCCCAUUGGAGUAAACCUCUCGAGACAGACACUAGUGGACAAAUAUGGCAGCUGGCCCCACCGCAGGCAGGUGGCAGCAGGCUGGGCCCAAACUUGCAAGACCAUAUUGCUCUCAUAGACCUUCCUCUGAUACCUCUGCUGUGCUGGGGGGAAGUGGGCUCACGACAUGGGCUUUGCACACAUGAAGCACUUAGAGCUCCCUAGGGCUUCCAUAUUGCGAGCCAAGGGACCAAGGGAGCAGCAGCUCCAGUAACAGUCUUCGUGUUGUAAGAAAAGACCUCUCCCUGGGAAAAUGGCUAGGACCACCCAUUCCUUUCUGCGUACCCUCAUGCUGUCCUAGGGCAGGAUAGAGAGACGGAGAGUGGGAAGGAUGGACACCCCCUUAUUAGUGGGAGCUAGAUGGAUGUAGAUGCCAGGAAGCCUGCAGGUUUGGGCAGUACGUGCUGCCUGGAGGCCCAAUCCCAUGGUCUUAUGAUGCUCUAGGGGACAGGGCCCUACCCAGCUGGCUCCCCAGGAGACCCAAGUCUCCUGCCCUGGACAGGCCGUGGCCAGCUCCCAGGCACAAGCCCUGGAGGCAUAGCGCCAUGGCUUCACCUUCUGUAGCUGCUAUUCCAAGGCUCCUCUCUGCCGCUCUUAAGGCUGGGCAGAGGUUAGGACUGGGGUAAGGGGUAGGGUUAUGGGGUAGAGACAGGAAGAAAAGCAGACAGGGUGAGUAGCUUCCUCUCACACGCAACCCCCCUGGAGCCCCUGGGCUCUCAAACCUUCGAUGCUCAUAGCGCUGACCCCUGAGACCUCAGAAGCAGCCCUGCGGGUGUGGGGAUGGAGGCCACUGGGCUCUGGUUCUUCCAUGUCUGGCUAGAGGAGCCAGCUUCCCAGACGGCCCUGCAGUGGCCUGGCAGGAAGGACCAGACCUGUCCACACAGCUGGCCUUGGCCCUGCUUGCUACGUGGGCCAGGCAUUCAGGGAUGCCCACAGUAGGAGCCGCUGCCUGCCUGUGAACCACACCUCAGAGCUAUGCUCCUGCUGGGCAUGUGCAAGAGACAGGAAAACAGGCCGCAGGGCCAAGGCCCACAGGAGCCCAGAUGCAGACAACCUCCUGGAAGACAUUUUAGCCAAGUGCUUCUGAGAGGUUUCCUUCCACACCCCCUCUUGAAGCAUUGGGGAUUUGUGUCUUAAGCUUCUGUGGGGGUGGGGGGUGAAGGAGGAGGGACUUGGGAGGCCACAGAAGUCGAUCAAGUGCAGACAGCCUAUAAAUGGGAGCUUGUCCCGGGCCCUCAAAGGGUCUAAGGCUAGCCCCUCCUUCCAUGGCCUCUCCUUCCUUUAGUCCAGCUGCCUGCUGGUCAGACCAAGCCAGCCUCUCUCCACCCUCUUGAAGUAGUCGGUCAGGCCUGGUGCAGGAGGAGGGCUAUGUAUAGGAUCUGGCACAUGGAGCCCUGCUCCUGCUCAUCCCAGACCCAGGGUCCUGAGGCACAGCAGGGCACCUGGGUGCCUGCUCUGGCCGUGUACAUAACGUGCUUUCUCUCCCCAUUUUUUAACGAGCGUGGCUCCUCGCUAACUGCACCCCACCAAGGCCGACCGCAAACGCCUCCAGCUUCCUGACAGACUCGGACCAAGGUGCGGCCCGUAUUUAUGGAAUGGCAAAUAAAACCCGAGCCCUUUGGUCUCCA